AUGGUGCAAUGGCUUCUUGAGAAUCGAUCUGGGUGGAAUAUCGGCGCUGCAUUAGGCAAAGCAGCGAAAUCCGGUCACUUGCGCGUGGCCCAGUGUCUAGCCCCUCGAGGGUCAGCGAAUGAUCUCAUUGAAACGAUACGUCAAGCCGCUUCACGCGAGCACUUUGAGAUAUCACUCUUUUUGUACGACACCGCUGCCACGGUCCGGAAGGCUGUGCGUGGUGAGGCUCCCACCAACUAA